AUGGCCAAGCCCAGCGAGUCACCUGUGGGCCGCCAGCACCAGAGCCACCCAGAGGAGACGGAGGAGGAGCUGAGAGAGCAUCAGGACGGCGGAGCUCUGCCGCCGGGGGUCACCAUCAAGCAGGAGCCCCUCGACCCGCAGGAGCUGCAGGAGGAGGCGAUGCAGCAGCACCGGGAGAGGCAGGUGGAGCAGGAGCUGCUCUUCAGACAGCAGGCGUUGUUGUUGGAACAGCAGCGGAUUCAUCAGCUGAGAAACUAUCAGGCGUCCAUGGAGGCUGCCGGCCUGUCAAUCUCCUUCCCAGGACACCGCCCGCUGUCCAGGGCCCAGUCGUCUCCGGCCUCGGCGUCCUCUUUUCCAAUCAGUGUCCCAGCCCCCGAUCCUCCCGCCAAACCUCGGUUCACCACAGGUUUGGUGUAUGACUCUUUAAUGCAGAAGCACCAGUGCAUGUGUGGAAACACCAACAGCCACCCGGAGCACGCUGGACGCAUCCAGAGCAUCUGGUCCCGGCUGCAGGAGACCGGACUGAGAGCGCAGUGUGAGUGUAUCCGUGGGAGGAAGGCCACUCUGGAAGAGCUGCAGACGGUUCACUCUGAAGCCCACGUCCUGCUGUACGGAACCAACCCUCUCCGACAGAAACUUGAUU